UUUCAUUAAAAAUAAACAAAUCACCGAUUCAUCUUUCUCCUAAGUCUCUGAUUCUUCAAGAAAAAGAAAAAGAAAACCCUAAUUAGCUUGUGUUCUAGUUGUUUAGCCAUGGAAGACGAAAGCAAGAUCGUCCCCAAGUUGCCAAUCCUAGGCAAGAGAAAUAUACUAAUCACAAGUGCUUUACCUUACGUCAACAACGUACCACAUUUAGGAAACAUCAUUGGUUGUGUUCUAAGUGCUGAUGUCUACGCUAGAUAUUGUCGUCUACGUGGCUAUAACACAAUCUAUAUAUCUGGAACUGAUGAAUAUGGAACUGCAACAGAGACAAAAGCUUUAGAGGAAAAUUGUACACCGAAAGAGAUUUGUGACAAGUACCAUGCAAUUCAUAAACAAGUUUAUGAUUGGUUUGAUAUAAGUUUUGAUAAGUUUGGUCGAACUUCAACUCCUGAACAGACAAAAGUUUGUCAAGAGAUUUUCAACAAGUUGUGGGAAAACGAAUGGAUUUCUGAAGAUACUAUGAAACAACCUUAUUGUGAUACAUGCAAGAAGUUUUUAGCUGAUCGUCUUGUUGAAGGUUUUUGUCCGUUUGAAAUCUGUAAUUAUGAUUCUGCUCGUGGAGAUCAAUGUGAAAAAUGUGGAAAGGUUUUGAAUCCUAUUGAACUUAAAGAUCUGCGGUGUAAGGUUUGUAAAACCACACCCGGGUUUCGCGACACGGACCAUUUGUUUCUUGAGCUUCCGUUAUUGAAAGAUAAGUUGAAAAAGUAUAUUAAAGAGACCUCUAGUAGUGGAUCUUGGAGUCGGAAUGCUAUUCAAACCAUGGAUGCAUCGCUUAAGGAAGUGUCUAACGAUAGCGAAAAGGACGGGCUUAAGAAGAGAUGUAUUACAAGGGAUUUAAAGUGGGGAGUUCCAGUUCCACAUGACAAAUAUAAGGAAAAAGUUUUCUACGUUUGGUUUGAUACUCCUAUUGGUUACGUUUCGAUAACUUCAUGUUACACAUCGGAAUGGGAGAAGUGGUGGAAGAAUCCUGAGAAUGUUGAGCUUUAUCAGUUUAUGGGGAAAGAUAAUGUGUUUUUUCACAUUGUGUUGUUUCCUUCUACACAGCUUGGAACUGGUGAAGAUUGGACUAUGAUGAAGACAGUUAGUGUGACUGAAUAUUUAAAUUACGAAGGCGGGAAGUUCUCGAAGAGUAAAGGUUAUGGGUGUAUCAUUCCUGAUGCUACUGAUCCUGACUCUCAUGAUUUUACGAGAUCACUUGCUGAAUAUGCUGGAAAAUUGGUGGAGGACUAUGUUAAAGCUAUGGAAAAAGUUAAGCUCAAGAAAGGGCUUCAUACCGCAAUGCUCUUAUCGAAUGCAGGGAACACAUACUUGCAGGAUACCAAUUUUUGGGAACUCUACAAAAAAGAUAAACCGUCUUGUGCAGUUGUUAUAAGAACUGCUGCUGGUUUAGUACACCUUCUUGCGCGAUUGUUAGAACCUUUCAUGCCAUCUUUUUCUCGCGAGGUAUUUAAACAGCUGAAUUUGCCACCACAUUUUUCACUCUCCGAAGAGAAAGGAGAGGUAUUACAAGCAAGUAGUCUUUGGGAGAUUCUGCCUUCCAACCACAGGAUUGGAACACCUCAACCAUUGUUCAAGAAAAUGGAAGAGGAAGAGAUGAAACAUUACAGAGAAAAGUUUGCUGGAAGUCAAGCUGAUAGACUUGCUAGGGAUCGCGAAAUUACCGUGGCAAGACUUGAUAUUCGAGUUGGUAAGAUUGUGAAGGCUGAGAAACAUCCUAAAGCAGAUGCAUUGUAUGUGGAAGAGAUUGAUGUUGGAGAAGAUCAACUUUACACUGUUGUUAGUGGACUAGUUAACUAUAUACCUCUUGAGGAGAUGCAGAACCGUUUGGUUUGUGUUCUUUGUAACUUGAAGCCGGCGAAAAUGAGGGAGAUUGUGUCACAAGGAAUGGUUCUUGCCGCUUCUAGUUGUGAUGGUAGCAAGGUGGAGUUAGUUGAGCCCCCUGAAUCUGCUAAGAUUGGAGAGAACGAGAUGGAAGGAAAUAAUCAAGUAGAGCGACAUCAUGUCGACACUUCUCGUCCUUUUAGCUCGGUAAAAGAAGCUGUUGCCAUAUUUGGCCAGCGGAUUAUGCUACCAGUACAAACUCAUACUGUAAACUCUAAACCGGUAAGUCCUAUUGCUAGUCGUAGUAUCAGCCAGACCGCUAAACCAAGAAGUCCUAUUGCUAGUCCUGGACUCAGCCAGACUGCUAAACUGCAACGCUCCUUGUUGCCCUCUUCUCCUCAAGGUCCAAAAGAAGAGAUCAUGGAUGUUUUGAAGAAGCUUGAAGCCGAGAUAACGGAAACAAAGACAGAGGUGAAGAUGUUGAAGGAGAGAGAAUCAGAGACAGAGGUGGCUUUGGCUACUUUAAACGCCAAGCUACAUAAGAACAUGUCAAAGAUGGCUAAAGCCGAAGCUGAUGCUGCAGGGAAGAGCGCGGCAGCCAUGGCAAAAUCAGUUAGCUUCAAUGACACACCAGAGAAGGAAAAUAGAGAGGACCAGAGGAGGAAAGAGCUGAUGAUGAAGAUGCAGAAGGAGUAUCCUUCAUUGGCUCAGAUACUUGACAGUAACAAAGGAGACAAAGAUGGGUAUUUUGCAAAGACUAAGAAGACGAAGAAGAAGAAGAAACCUAUCAUUCCUCUGGUGGGAGAUUUCUUCUUCUUCAAGAAGAAGAGGUCUGCAACUGAUAUUUCUGGACCUCUUUACACCACCUCUUCCACCCUGCACUUUUAGCUGAUACACCCAAGAUCAUGUACUCUGC